CACGCCUUCCUGCCUCUUACCGUCACCGCGAAUUCACCGGUCAACUCGUCAUGGUCGCCCAACCCGACGUCGAGUCCGCCCCCAACGGCGUUAAUGGCGUCAAUGGCGCGGCGAAGCCUAAAAUCAAGUCCAAGAACCAGCUCAGGCGGCUGAAGGCGAAGCAGAAGAAAACGGAGACUCAAAGCGCGCCUGCCACCAAUGGCAAGGGCGAUGCUCAUGAGCACGAAGACAAGGAUGUCAAGAUGGAGGACGCGACGCAGCCGGAUAACGCCAAUGUUGAGUACGUGUCUGAGCAGCUGGAUAGCAGCGUCCUCGGGGCAUUCUCCGACGUUUUUGCCAAGUUCCGUCCCCCACCUGAAGCGGAGACAACGGCUACAUCGACAGAACCGACGAAAGGCGAAGUCAUCUAUUCCGAUGAUGACAUGGCCUCGGAGGGGGACUCGGACGCGGAGGAGAAGAAGCCGUUAUCGAAGAAGAAACAGCGCAAGAUGAACCGGCUGACCGUCGCGGAGCUCAAGCAGGUCGUGAAGAAGCCCGAAGUCGUCGAAUGGACGGACGUCACGGCAGCAGACCCCCGGCUAUUGUUGCACAUGAAGAGCUACCGGAAUACUGUCCCCAUCCCCGUGCACUGGAGUGCUAAGCGUGAUUACCUCCAGGGUAAGCGCGGUAUCGAGAAGCCUCCUUUCCAGCUCCCCUCGUACAUCGCGGACACCGGUAUUGCGACCAUGCGUGACGCGGUCAAGGAGAAGGAGGCGAAUAUGUCGUUGAAGGCGAAGACACGCGAGCGCGUGCAACCCAAGAUGGGCAAGAUCGACAUCGACUACCAAAAGUUACACGAUGCUUUCUUCAAGUUCCAGACGAAGCCGCCAGUGACGGGCUUCGGUGAAAUGUAUUACGAGGGCAAAGAAUUCGAGACCUCAUUGAAGGAGAAGCGGCCAGGAGAUCUAUCACCUGAGCUCGUCGAAGCACUCUCAAUACCUCCAUUAGCACCCCCGCCAUGGCUUAUCAGCAUGCAGCGGUUCGGUCCUCCUCCCAGCUACCCUACCCUCCGUAUACCUGGUCUCAACGCACCGAUCCCCGAAGGCGCACAAUGGGGCUUCCAUCCUGGUGGAUGGGGAAAGCCGCCUUUGGACGAGUACAACCGUCCCUUAUAUGGCGAUGUCUUCGGCGUAUUGCCGAAGGUCAAUGACAGCGCGGGCGGGGAGCCAGUGGACAAAGAGCCAUGGGGAGAACUGGAGCCCGAAGAGGAAGACGAAGAGGAGGAAGAGGACGAAUCCGAGGAAGAAGAAGAGGAGGAGGAAGCUGCUGCGCCCAUGGACGGUAUACAGACUCCGUCGGGAUUGGAGACACCGUCUGGUAUGGCGAGCGUUGUGUCGUCCGUCCCCGGCGGUCUGGAGACGCCCGACUUCUUGGAGCUGCGCAAGAACACCGGAAGGCCAACAGUGGCCGAUGCCGUCGAGACGGGCCCGCGGUCAUUGUACCAGGUCGUGCCGGAGAAGCAGACCAAUGUUCGCGGUCUCAUGGGCAGCGAACGGGGAUACGAUGUCAGCGCAGUCGCCGGUGCCGCAAUACCAGUGCUCGGCGACGAGCGUGGACAGAAGCGCAAGAACGGCGUCGACGUCUCGAUCGAUGCCGAACAACUGGAAGGCAUGUCGACGGAGGAUCUCCAGCGCAAGUACAACGAGCACUCUCGCGGCGGUGUUCAUGUACCAGGCGCGGGCCGCAGCGAGGACUUCUCCGACAUGGUCGCGAAGGAGUCGGCCAAGAGGAAGCAAAAGGCGGAGACCGACAGAGACAGGAAGAAGGGCAAGGAGUUCAAGUUCUAGGUCGGGACAUUCACCGGUGUUGCCCUUUUCGUCACUUUGUUCUGCUAUUUUGUGCUUUCUUAUUGUACAUCUCCCGACAGCAGGGACACACCACUUUGCUGGUAAUGCUACCGCACCCAUCUUGUGAAUGCGCCCACUUCGGAGCAAGUGCUGCUACAUGUUCAAGAGCAAAGUGCU